CAACGACCUUGGUGGUCGCAAGAGCCGCUACGAGGGUGGAGUGAGCAGCAGCGACAUAGAAGUGAGUGAGAUUAUGGGUCGCGGGAGCUACGAUGGCUAGCCAAGUGAAGCAAGAGGGGCUGAGAUCCUGAGCCACGAAAGCGCCAGCAGCGAGGCCUGCACCCAGGCCGAGUCCAUGUCCCCUGAGACAAGCAGUACACAGGGGGCCAGUCAGGGCUGGGUCUCCAAUGGCACCAGGAUGGUGAAGUCCUGGUGGCCUACGCCCAUGCUAAGGACGGUUGCGCUAGGGCCAGCGGUGCCUAGGCAAGCCAGGUUGAGACUGCAGUGGCGCGCACCAUGGCCGAUGAUGGUGGCAGUGAGGCUGACGAGGCCUCGACUGGCUGCACCGAGGGCAGUAGAGGGCUGGACAGUGGACACAGCCAGGGCGCUCGUGUCGGAACCGCCGUUGUCGGCGCCAGAGUGCCAGACCCUGUGAGGCCGACGAUCGGGGCGGCACCAUGAGGGGCAGUACACAAUACACACAGUCUAACAAGUGCAAAAUGCUGGCAACGACCUUCGCAAAGAUCUAGCCCUUGCUUACAAGACCCUCGGCGUUGUGUUUGGUGGCCUCGUCACGUCUCCCCUCUACGUUUAUCCGUCAAUGAACUUGUCAUCUCCCACGAAAGAUGACUACAUGGGGUUAUACAGCAUAAUGUUUUGGACUCUUACUUUGAUUGGUGUGGUCAAGUAUGUAGGCAUAGCACUCAACGCCGACGAUCAUGGUGAAGGGGGUACAUUUGCCAUGUACUCUUUGCUGUGUAGGCAUGCUGAUAUAGGCAUACUUCCUUCCAAAAAGGUUUAUUUGGAAGAGGAGCCACUGCUUCGAAAUCAGUCUGCAGCAGCUAGAAGGCCUAGCUGGCUGGGGAAAUUCUUUGAGCGAAGCAUAACAGCCAGAAGAGCGCUGCUGUUCAUGUCAAUACUGGGAAUGUGCAUGCUCAUUGGGGAUGGCAUACUCACUCCUGCCAUUUCAGUUUUAUCAGCGAUCCAAGGGUUGAGAGGGCCAUUUCCAUCCGUCAGGAAUUCUGUAGUGGAAGCUCUGUCUGCCGUGAUCCUUAUCGGCUUGUUCUUGCUGCAAAAGUAUGGGACCUCGAAAGUGAGCUUCCUGUUCUCACCGAUCAUGGCGGCGUGGACCUUCACCACUCCAAUCAUCGGCCUGUACAGCAUCGUUCAUUACUACCCCGGCAUCUUCAAAGCCAUCUCACCGCACUAUAUCGUCCGUUUCUUCCUGAGAAACAAAAAGGAAGGGUGGCGCAUGCUCGGUGGAACUGUUCUAUGCAUCACGGGCGCUGAAGCCAUGUUUGCAGACCUUGGCCACUUCAGUAAGAAGGGUAUUCAGAUAGCAUUUCUGUCUAGCAUAUACCCUUCUCUGGUGCUCACAUACGCUGGGCAAACAGCGUACCUCAUCAACAACGUCAACGACUUCAGUGACGGAUUCUACAAGUUUGUUCCUCGCCCUGUUUACUGGCCCAUGUUCAUCAUCGCGACGCUGGCGGCGAUCGUCGCAAGCCAAUCCUUGAUAUCCGCGACGUUCUCAGUCAUCAAGCAAUCCGUUGUCCUGGACUACUUCCCGCGCGUUAAGGUGGUGCACACGUCGCAGCACAAGGAAGGGGAGGUUUACUCCCCAGAAACCAAUUACAUCCUCAUGGUGCUUUGCGUUAGCGUCGUACUAGGCUUCGGAGCUGGGAAUGCGAUCGGGAACGCAUUCGGUGUUGUGGUCAUCAUGGUCAUGCUCAUAACCACAGUCAUGCUCACCCUGGUGAUGAUCAUUAUAUGGAGAACGCCGCCUGUUCUUGUGGCGCUCUACUUCGUGCCUUUCGUCGUCAUGGAAGGGUCUUAUGUCAGUGCAGUCUUCACCAAGAUCCCCGAAGGCGGCUGGCUCCCCUUUGCGGUGUCCAUCAUCCUGGCGAUGGUCAUGUUCGGCUGGUACUACGGCAGGCAGCGGAAGACGGAGUACGAGAUAGCGAACAAGGUGACCGUGGAGCGCCUCGGCGAGCUCCUGGCGAAGCCGGAGGUCCAGAGGGUCCCCGGGCUGUGCUUCUUCUACAGCAACAUCCAGGACGGGCUCACGCCCAUCGUCGGCCACUACAUCAAGAACAUGAGCUCGCUGCACGCGGUCACGGUCUUCGUCACCCUCCGGUACCUGCUGGUGGCCAAGGUGGACGAGCGGGAGAGGGUCCUCGUCGCGAGGCUGGGACCGGACGGGGUGUACGGCUGCACUGUCCAGUACGGGUACGCGGACAGCCUCAGCGGCGGCGACCUCACCGCGCAGGUCACGGGCUCCCUGCGCCGGCACUUUGGGACGGCGGAGGCCGGGGCGGAAGAGGCCGCGCGCCUGGAGGCGGCGAGGACGAACGGCGUCGUGCACGUUCGGGGUAAGAUGAGGUUCUACGUGGGCGAGGACGCCGGGUGGUUCGACAAGGUCAUGCUCGGGUUCUACGAGUUCCUGCACGGCAUCUGUCGCUCCGCGCUGCCGGCGCUGGGGACGCCGCUGCAACAGCGAGUCGAGAUCGGCAUGCUGUACAAGGUUUGA